CUUCAAAUUUGUGUAGAGAUCGUACAAAUUCAUUAGGGUUUUGGACGAUACUUCUUUAAAUUUCGAGAGUAGAAGAUUUGAUCUUCGUCUUCAAGCUACCAAUGAAGUUUGUAGUAGUAUGUAUGCAUCGUAUCUAAUUAAAUGGGAAUUUGUGAUAGAUUUUGUGUGGAAGAGUAGAGCAAGGCAUGAAGAGUAUGGGGGAGUCCAACCGAGCAUGCUUUGAAGAGGCAUCGAGUUAGGGUUGGGUUUUCUCGAGUGAGCAAAAGCCGGUUAAAGGCUUGGAAAAGAAGUUGAGUGACUGAGUUGAAUCAGCAAGACAAUCUUCAAAUUGGGAAAAGUGAGCGGAAUCGGUGGAUGGAAUGAGUCAAGAGUGAGUUCUGGUUGUUUUUGGUUUAGUGAAGGAAAAUCAUGGGUGAAGAAAUUGAAGUCAAAAAAGGAAACAACAGGAGAGAGAUCAGAGGGUGGAAAGUGCCGACGGCAAACAAGGGGUUGAAGUCUGCAUCCUGGGAAUUGUCAGCCGGCUUCGAGAAUGGGUGAGAUAACUCAAAAUUCGAAUGGAAAUCUCUAUCUAUUUUCAUCUUAUUAUGUGGAUGUCAACAAGGUCCCUCAAGCUCUGGUGAAAAAAGGAAACAUUGCGAAAAUGCCAACAAUUCAAGGGAGUUCCUAGGCCUAUAGAAUCCUUUUGGUUUUGUUUUGCAAAAAUUGUAAGAGUAAGAUGGAGAAAUUUAUUGCAGCUAUGGAAAGAUGGAGAGAUGAAGGAAGAAGUGAUUGGAGGGCACAAGGCAUGGUUUGUGAUUGAAGAACUGAAGGAAAUGAUAAAGAAGUGCGUGAUAUAAAUGUUAUUGUAUCUUUUUCUCAUCAUCUUGAUUUUCAUGUGUAAAGAAUUAGCUUCUCUAAUAUUUUACAUAAAGCAUGCAAUUAUAU